AUGGAUGAGAACAAUAAACCUACAACUAUAACAGUUAACGAUGAAAACAACAGAGAUAUACAAUUAUCAUUAAUAAUUGAAUCCAUAACAAUUGACAAAAUAAUUAAAUUUUUAAAGUUUUUAAUACGUAAUUAUAAUUUAAAAUUAGAUAUAACAACCACCAUCACAGAUAACCUAAAAAUAACUAUUCUAAACCAUGGUGACCCUAACAACUAUCCAAUUUACAUUGUCGAUUACGAUGGUGAUGUGUUUGAACUUUGGAAGCAAAAAAAUAGUAAAUAUAAACUAAAAAAUUUAAGACAUGAAAUGAUCAGUGAGAUCGUACAACUACUACAAUUAAAACAUUGUCCAGAUCCAGGUGUUCAUAUGGUGCAAGAAAAAAAGAAUUAUUUUAUCAGGUGCGGCUCAAGAGUUUAUAACUUAAAAAAAAUAUAUUCUGACAAUUAUAAUGCUAUAAGACUAUUAUUUAAAGAUCCCCAUUUUAUUAGAAUUUUCAAUAGCAAAAUAGACACUAUUAUUAGUAGGCUGGACGUUGAAGAAUUGUGUAGGAAAUUAGGUAAUAUUUCUUUUAUCAAGGGGUGUUUUUCUUGUAGCGAUAAUAACGAAGAUGUCGGCCUAAAACACAAAAUUCUAAAGUACGGUGAAUAUAAACGUCCCAAGUAUGUAAAAUUUUGUUUUAAAUAUAAUGAGAAUAAAAGUAAUAAAGAAUUUGAUCUAAGAUGUAUCAUAAUAAAAACAACUGGUGUUUGCGAUAACGAGGAUUUUGAUACAUUAACUACUUUUAACAUGGAUGAUAAUAAAGUGUAUCCGACCAUUCAACAAGCCAUUAUGAGAUUUAUGAACGCUUUGCAGCUUCAUAACAUAGCCCAUAAUAAAAAUUCAUUGUUAUUUACAGUUAAUCAUAGUACUGAAAAUUUGGGAAACUAUUGUGAUAUCAUUCCAUUGGAUCAACUUAAAUCCUCUAUUUAUUACUGUUUCAAUAUUUCUCAAUUGGAGAAAAACAUUGAAGCUGUGGAAAAAGUACUACGUAACUAUGAGAAAUGCGUACUAAUAGGUACUUCUUCAAGUUUCUCAUCAUCAACAUCUUCCGUUGUAUCAACUGGAAAUUCGCCUGAAAAAAAAAAGGCAACGGCAAAUGAGCCAUCAUACUUAUUAAAAUCCCCAGAAAAAAAUCUUAAAGACGAGAAGCCAAAUAAUAUUAUUAAAAAUAAUUUUAUCAAGAAUUUUAAAAAUUUGGCGGAAGACUUUGAAUUUUUUGAUGAAUACUUGAAUAAGCCUAGAAGGUUUACUAAAAAAACCAAGUUAUUAGAUAGUACUGUAACUAUUAGGAAUACAAGUGUUCAGAAAACAAACUCCAUAAAUAAUUCAGGCAGCAUUCGCAAAAACCAUAAGAAAAACAUUAAAAAGUUAAAUAAAAGUGUUGAAUAUUAG